UUCGCCAGCGGCUGUUUACUGUCGACGCUUCGAUCGAUCUCUACGAACGCGAGCGGUGUUGUGCAGAAACCUCUCAAUUUUUGUUCAGUUUGCAGUCUACAAACCGGCCGAAAUAAUGGCGAUCCGGAGGCGGGGAGGCAGCACCAAGAACCCACCGAUUCUCAGCCAUGAGUUCGUGAUCCAGAAUCACGCGGACAUCGUUUCAUGUGCCGCUAUGCUGAUCUUGCUCGGCCUUAUGUUUCAGAUCACCAGUCCGUUCUCGUCGACAUUUGUUGCCAUGCAGUAUAAUGUCACCGUCAACAAUACUGAAGAUCCCGAGGCUGAACCCACCACCCUGUACCAUCAUGGCCUGCUGGACAGCUGCAGCGUGUUCUUCUACUUCCUCAUCUGUGUGGUCAUCCACGCGGUCAUCCAGGAGUACAUCUUAGAUAAACUAAACCGCAAGCUUCAUCUGUCCAAAGUCAAACACUCCAAGUUCAAUGAAUCUGGCCAGCUGCUGACCUUCUAUCUUAUGUCUGUCAUCUGGGGCAUCCAAGUCAUGAUCAAGGAAGGAUUGACAGAGAACAUCUCUCACCUCUGGGACGGCUACCCUUAUCUCCUCAAGACUUUCCGAUUCAAGUUCUACUUUAUCGUACAGAUUGCGUAUUGGCUCCACAUCUACCCUGAACUGUAUUUCCAGAAAGUUAAAAAGGAGGAAGUCAGUGCCCGCAUCAGAUACGCAUCCUUUUACCUUGCCUUCAUAUUGGGUGCAUACAUUCUCAACCUUGGUCAUCUUGCCUUGGUGUGCCUUGUGAUUCAUUACGUCGCUGAGCUCACAUUCCACGCCGCCCGCCUCCUCUACUUCGGAGAGAAAGCUGAAGUCUCCGGACCGUUAUUCAGUUUGUGGUUUGCCCUGUUCUUGAUUGCGCGUCUGAGCGUGGUGACGCUGACUGUCCUGGUGGUCUGGUUCGGACUGGGCAAGCUGGAGACUACUGGACUGGACAUCAAAGGUGGCAACUUCAACACACCACUCAUCAGGGUCAGCAUUGUGGCAGGCGUGUCCCUCUUCCAGGCUCUGCUCCUGUGGAACUUCCUGACCUUCCAGCUGCGUCGCCGACGGGAGAACCAGCUGGCCGCCGCCCCGCGCAAGAAGACGCCCAUGGGCAAGUCCAAGGACAAGAAGGCCAAGAAGGAAGAAGUCAACAAGAAGCUUAAGGCCGAGAGCGUUGAGGACGAGGGUUUCGGAGACAUGGCCGUCGUUGCGCCGGCUGAGAACGGAGGAAUGCGUACCAGGAGCAAGAGCAAGAAGAAGUAAAAUCCAACGCCUUUCUUCUGUUUUUAGGUCAUUGUCAUAUAAGUUUCAGUCACAUAUCCCAGUGUAGAAAUGUG